UUGUGGCAAAAGACACAUUUCAUUUCACGUCUUCCCUUGUCAAAAUCAAGAAAAAUAAAAUUACAAUGAAACUGUUCGCAGUUGUGUUCUGUAUUGCCAUAAUGGUGAAUGCCCUGAGCGCCGGUAAAUUGAGCAAAGAAGAAAAAGCGGAGCAAAAAGCGCAGAAAAAAGCUGAUGCUGAAGAGAGAAAAGCUCUAAUUGCAUCAAAAAAAGUCCAGGUAGAAGUGAAUCUUAUUAACCAAAGAUUGGAAAUGAUGCAGGAAACGGUUGACAAUACAUGGACUAUGGCUCCAUAUAUUCCAGUCGAAGAUCUAAAUGAACUCAGAGCAUUGUCAGCUGAAGAGAAAAAACAUCAAGAUGGUUUCCAAACUAUCUUGGAUGAAGUGCUUUCAAAAAUGGAAGAAGUUGUAGGCGUACAAGAGGGCUUUGAAAACGAUCUAAAAGAAGCAUACGCCAGUCACCGUGGCGAAAGAGGUGAUGAGGAAAGUAUUUUGACAGCCAUUCAAGAUGCUGUUAAUAACGCUGAUCUUGAGAAUAAAGAUUUGAAGGGAUUCGCUUCAUUGCAUAAAAAGCUCAUCGCCAUUCAUGACGAAUUCAAAACAUACGAGCGUUUCGUGAAGGCAGCAGAAAAGAAAUUCCUCGAUAAAAUGUUCCCAAGAAUGGCCAAUUGCUACUUUUCUAUACAAUCUGGUAUCUACAAUUUGUGUGGACAAGCUAGAAAAGCAAUCUAUGAUCAUAAGGUUUUUAAAAAUAAGGAAAUCGAGAAAAUAAGCGCAACAGCCAAAAAAAGUAUUCUAGACAAACUUGAUAAAGGUCUCGAAUGGAAAAAUAAGGAUAUUGCUUUCAGCCAAAUGAAAGACUCAAACGAAAAACAAUACCGUAAACACUAUGACAUCGUCAAGAAGCACCUUGAUGCUAUAGUUAAUUAUUUAAACCCUGAAGCCGAGUCCGAAGACAAAGAUGAUGAAGAAUAAGUUUGUAUUAGCAUCUUUAUAUUUAUAUUCACUUGGACAUAGGUUGGAUAGAUCGUUGAUAUAUUGCUUAUUUUAUUAUGUAUACAUAUAAAAUAAUGACCCAUGAUAUUUAUUUUCCAAAACGGCUUAUGAUACACCCACAUUCAAUAAUUAAACCAAAUAAUAACAUUGUAUUUUUAAACAUUGCAAAGAUGACAAAAAAAUCCUACAAAAAAAUAAUUAAAUUCACUGAUAUAUCUAAA